UCCUUUUUCCUGCCGGGAUUGGUUUUGGUUUGGGUUUUGUUUUCCUUAUCUAAAUACUAUUUUCUAAGCAGUCUUCGCAUGGCAUCCUUUUUAGGAGUCGUCCCUACAAUCCUGGCUAUAACAUUCUCUCCCCCUCGUUCCGGUCCUUGAGUGUCCCUACCCCUGUGUACUGCUCAACACCUCUUUGCUCUUGAUCUCUUUACCUCCUACUUUUAUCUCCCCCACAGGCAUCUUCUCACUCCCACGUUGAAUCAGGACUUUUUGAAUUUCCCUGGGUCAGAGGAGAGUGAUUAUUUUGUCACUGGCUGUGCGCCCUGGGGCAGGUUCAGAUUCCACCCAUCUCUAGUUUCAGCGCCAGGGAAACCAGUGCAAAGACCACUGAUUUGGGAAUGAGACUGAGAACUAAAGAGGGAAAGUGAUCUCUCCAAAAUCAUAGAAUAAUUGGUAGAGAGAGACAAAAGUUCAAGCCUAUAACUGCAGAGACCAGAGAUCUUUCUACUUCACUCUUGGAAAUAGAUCCUAAGAUCUCUGCAAACUAUCUUGUAAGGGAAAAAAAAUGCCUAAAGUCAAAAGAAGCCGGAAAGCUCCCCCAGAUGGCUGGGAGUUGAUUGAACCAACACUGGAUGAAUUGGAUCAAAAGAUGAGAGAAGCUGAAACAGAACCUCACGAGGGAAAGAGGAAAGUGGAGUCUCUGUGGCCCAUCUUCAGAAUCCACCACCAGAAAACCCGCUAUAUCUUUGACCUCUUUUACAAGCGGAAAGCCAUAAGCAGAGAACUCUAUGAAUAUUGUAUUAAAGAAGGCUAUGCAGACAAAAACCUGAUUGCAAAGUGGAAAAAGCAGGGGUAUGAGAACUUGUGCUGCCUGCGAUGCAUUCAGACUCGGGACACUAAUUUUGGGACAAACUGCAUUUGCCGGGUUCCCAAAAGCAAGCUGGAAGUGGGUCGCAUCAUCGAGUGUACACACUGCGGCUGCCGGGGCUGCUCUGGCUGAGGCCAUCUGGCUCCGAGCCCUCUCCAUCCUGGACUUUGGACCUUGCGGGUUCCUGCUGUGCCACCCCAUUCCUGGGAGCAACUCUUGUUGGACCAGCACUCUGGGCCCACGUUGGAGUGUGGUCUCUUCGGGUGAAGGGCUGGUGUUCACCAGCUGUGAUUUGUAACAAUAAAACCUUUAAAGCUCUCGA